AUGAUUGACUCGUUUACUUAUGAAGAGGAUCUGGAAAAUGACACCUAUGACUCGUUAACUGCAUCAAUGGACGUCGAUGAUGCCGGAUUCGAGACGACCUCAGCAACACUGACCCAUGCUUUGUUUGAGCUUGCCAGUCACCCUGAGAUACAGGAACGAUUGGUGAAGGAGCUCGAUGAGCAGUUGGAGGGUGUUGACAAGUCCGACCUGAACCGGUACUACGACGCCAUCAUCAACAAGGCGCCCUACCUCGAGGCAGUGGUGAAGGAGACGUUGAGAAAGUACCCGCCGGUCGUACGACUGGAACGACGAGUCGAACCAAAGGAAGGGGUGCAGCUAGGGCAACUUCACCUCGAUCAUGGCGUUCUCAUAGAAAUACCCACCAUUUCAGUGCACUAUGAUCCGGAAUACUAUCCAGAACCAACCAAGUUUGACCCGGAGCGAUUUAUGCCUGAGAACAAGGACCGUCUUGUGCCGUACACCUAUCUGCCCUUCGGGACGGGUAUCGGCAUGCGUUUCGCCUACCAGGAACUCAAACUGUGCCUGGCCUCGCUUUUACCAAAGUAUCAGUUCAGCAAGUCAGCCAAGACGCCGGAAAUUUUGACCUUUAGAAAAG